GCGCGAUCCUCCGCGCGUGGUUGUCAUGUGUACGGGCCCUUUUACCUUGACAUGCGCGCCCUACGGACGAGCCUAAAACUAAAAGAAAAAAACGGAAAAAAUCUCUUUUAGUGUGCUGUGCUGCUGAGUGGUUUUUUUUUUCGCGGUUUACGUGCUGCCACCUGUCAAGUGGUUUUUCAUUUUUUUUUUUUGAGUAUAAUUAGAGGGUCCUUUGACGACGACGUUUUCGAGUGGUGUCGCUUAAUAUGUUUAACUUUUGUGUGCGCGGCUAUUAAACAAAAAAAAACAAAAAAAAGGACUUUUCUGGACCGGAUGAGCGCCGGUGACACGGCGUAGUUGUGAGAAGGUGUCCGCGGCGGACCGUGGAGGUGGUGGACUCACCGGACCUCCACCACCAUCGUCUUUGUAUCUGCAAAUGGGGGUGUUCGAGGACGGGGCUGGUGGCAUUAGGCAGACGACGCACACUUCGUCUCAGCACCAACAACAACAGCAGCAGCAGCAGCACCAGCAUCUUCACCACAGGAUGCACUGGCAGGCCAAUGAGUACCUUGGAUCAGCGUACGACCCGUCACGUGACCUCUCCCCGAACCUCCCCUCGUGCGAAUCCCCCCGCAUCAAAGGGGAACCCCUCACUGCCGCCGAGUUACAUGGCCAAGACAACAAUAACCUCAGCGAGAAAAUGCAUCAGUCUUGCGGGUCGGACACGUGCAGACCCCAACAGGACCCCCGAUCGGUGACCCCACCGGAACUGCGCAGGCCCGGAUCCUCGUUCGACCAUCACAUCCCCAAGAUCGAACCGGAUACGACGCCCUCGAGUCCCCCCACCCCGCCGUCCAGCUGCGUAGAAGAAAUCGCGUCGGGAUCCACCUGCGCCGGUUGUAGACUUAAAAUAACCGACCGGUACUAUUUGCAGGCGGUCGAGCGCAGGUGGCACGUGCAGUGUUUACAGUGUUGCCAGUGCAGGAACACUUUGGACGGUGAUAUUACGUGUUUUAGUAGGGACGGCAACAUUUACUGCAAAAAAGACUAUUACCGAUUAUUCGGGAUGAAGCGAUGUGCACGGUGCCAAGCGACCAUCCUGUCCUCCGAACUAGUGAUGAGAGCCAGAGACUUAGUUUUCCACGUGCACUGUUUCACGUGCCAGGUGUGCACCACCCCUUUAACCAAAGGCGACCACUUCGGGAUGCGGGGGUGUACCGUGCUUUGCCGCCUUCAUUUCGAGGUGCCGCCCAAUAUGCCGCCCGGCGAAAUGUUCGGGCCGAUGCACGGGUUUCCUGGGAAAAACGACGUUUACAUGCCGCCGUUUCCCAGUCCGGAAUUCCACCCGGCGUUGCCGCCCCAGGUGCCGCCGCCCCCGGUCGAACCGCCCCCGGGAGGCAAGUCGCCCUUUUUCAACGGACAAACGGGGGGGGCGCCGCCCCGGCAAAAAGGGCGGCCCCGCAAAAGGAAACCCAAGGACUUGGAGGCGAUGACCGCCAGUUUAGACCUGAACCAAGAGUACUUAGACAUUCCAUUCGGCAGGUCGCCGGGUACCCCCGGCCUCCACGGUUCCAAUCAGCGUACCAAACGCAUGCGCACCUCGUUCAAGCACCACCAGUUGCGUACCAUGAAGAGUUACUUCGCCAUCAAUCACAACCCGGACGCGAAGGAUUUAAAGCAAUUGUCCCAAAAAACCGGAUUACCGAAGCGGGUGCUGCAGGUAUGGUUCCAGAACGCUAGAGCAAAAUGGCGACGCAUGAUGCUAAAACAAGAGGGCAAAUCCGGUGAAAAAUGCUCCGGAUCGGAGAGCAUGAGCGACAUGGACAUGUACGGGGGUCCCGGGGGGCCCGCCUCGAUCGGGAGCAGCAUGGGCAUGGCCCCCCACAGCCCCUCGUUCAUGAUGCCCGGGGGGCCCGGCAGCCCCUCCAGCCUAGACUGUUCCUAACCUUAAAUUUUUAUUUCCGUUUAAUUUCCUCCGUACUUUUGUGAUCGGCCAAACUUCUUUGUCUUCCCUUUUUUUACCGCGCAAUUUGUGUUUUUUUUCUCAUUUUUUGGACUAACUGUUAAGUAACUAUUACGUAAGUUAGCCGGCUAUAGGUUUAGUUAGGAUAAUUUGUAUAUUUUUUGUAUUAUAAACUGUUUUUAAUUUAUAUCGAUAUAAAUAUGGAAGUUGCGUCUUUUGCCUGGAUCAGGCCCAUAAAGGGAUGAUCCGGGUUCAAUAUAUUGUAAAAACGGUAGCAUAUUCCUAAUAUAUUAAAAGUUAAUUAUAUUGA